CGGCCAUUUCAUACUGACUCCCGCUCAGUGUCCCAGUACCUUCCUUUCUUCUUCUUCUUCUUUCCCUUUCCUCCCCUCCUAAAACCACCCAACUGAUACAAAACCUUCUCUAUCAACAUUUUGUCGUAUUUAUCUUUUUCCCACACGUCCAUAAAUAAAUAAACACAACCAUGGGAAAAAACUGUACUGAUGAGUAUUUUAUUUUUAGUACAAAUGAUUUAAUAUAGAUUUUCUGUCGCUUUUUUUCCGCUGUUCAUGUUGGGGGUACAAAUGGCAGGCUUAGAUUUAACCAAUGCUUCUUAUGUUCAUCUUCACCCAGACUUCAACCUCCAGGAAAACGAAGAAGAGGAAGAAGACAACCACUCGAACCGGACCGGGUCUGGGGACUUAUCAGCUCGUAGGCCGAGGGGCAGACCGCCCGGUUCCAAGAACAAGCCCAAGCCGCCGGUUAUCAUAACCCGGGAGAGUGCCAACACUCUCCGGGCCCACAUCUUGGAGAUCGGAAACGGCUCCGACGUGUUCGACAGCAUCGCCACGUACGCCCGCCGCCGGCAGCGCGGGAUCUGCGUGCUCAGCGGCAGCGGGACGGUGACGAACAUCAGCCUCAGGCAGCCGGCUGCGGGCUCCGGCGGCGGAGGGUCCGCCGUGAUGAACUUGCAUGGGAGGUUUGAGAUUCUUUCACUCUCUGGGUCCUUUCUCCCCCCGCCGGCUCCGCCGGGCGCGACGAGCCUGACGAUAUACUUGGCCGGAGGACAGGGGCAGGUGGUCGGCGGAAGCGUGGUGGGUGAGCUGACGGCGGCGGGGCCGGUCAUCGUCAUAGCUGCUUCUUUCACGAACGUCGCUUAUGAGAGGCUGCCCUUGGAGGACGAGGCGGAGGACCCGUCGGGAUCGGUGCAACUGCCGCCAGUAUCGUCUCAAAACUCCGGCGGUGUAAGCGCCGGAGACGGAAGCAGCGGCAUCGGCGCCCGGAGUAACCAUUUUCCGGCAGACCCAUUAUCUUCCGGGCUUCCAUUCUUUAAUGUCCCGCUCAAUAUGACACCUUUUGGAAUCUAAAAUCUUUUGAUCGGAAAUGUGUAGGGAAGAAAUCUUUCUGGAUGGAGCUUCAAUUCUUGAUCAUGGUUCAUAAAGGUCAGAAAUUUUCUUGCGGGUUUAUCAUGCAAUGUACUAAUCACAAUGGCUCUUAUUAGCUUCUUUGGUCUAGAUCUCUGAUCUUUCAGUGCAUGUAGAUCUUUUUAAGUUGACAACUACGAUGUUUUUAAUUAGUCAAUAUUUUUAUGUUUUGACUAAUAAAUUCAAUGAAUUUAUUCUUAGGAAAAUUAUAAUUUUCAUUCCUAGCUACAAGAACAUUAUUUAAAAUUACUUUAACAUAGCUUUAU